AUAAUUUAAGCCGCGUCUCGUUGUCGAAUAUAUAGUAAGAAUACCUGAAAACACUUUCUAUUCAUAAACCCUUUACGACAAAACAAUAAAGACGUCUCUCGAUUUAUCUUUGUCUUAAUCAGGAAACUAUUUGACAUUUCUUUAUCGAUUAUUACUUCAUAUUCGGGUAUGGAUGAAGAUUUUUUCUUACCCGAUUUCUCACUAGUAGACAUUGAUUUCGACUUUAAUAUUUACGAAGAAAAUAAUUUAUCACCUGAUGAAUCUUUAUCAAAUUCACGAAGAGCUGAUCAAUCGUCAAAGUUUGAUCAUCAAAUGCAUUUUGAGUGCCUCAGAGAGAAGCCAAAGGCAGCGGUGAAGCCUAUGAUGAAGAUCAACAACAAGCAACAACUGAUUUCUUUUGAUUUCUCUAGUAAUGUUAUUUCUUCUCCAGCCGCGGAGGAGAUCAUUAUGGAUAAAUUGGUUGGUCGUGGAACCAAAAGAAAAACAUGUUCUCAUGGCACAAGAUCUCCGGUUCUUGCGAAAGAACAUGUUUUAGCCGAGAGAAAGCGCCGUGAGAAGCUUUCUGAAAAAUUCAUUGCUCUUUCAGCUCUCCUUCCCGGGCUUAAGAAGGCGGACAAGGUAACGAUUCUUGAUGACGCGAUCUCGCGUAUGAAACAACUCCAAGAACAACUAAGAACGCUCAAGGAAGAAAAAGAAGCAACGAGACAAAUGGAAUCCAUGAUUCUUGUAAAGAAAUCUAAAGUGUUUUUCGACGAGGAACCUAACCUAUCAUGUUCUCCUUCAGUUCAUAUUGAAUUCGAUCAAGCAUUACCAGAAAUCGAAGCGAAAAUUUCUCAAAAUGACAUUCUCAUCCGAAUCCUUUGCGAGAAAAGCAAAGGGUGCAUGAUCAACAUACUAAACACAAUUGAAAACUUUCAAUUGCGCAUUGAAAAUAGCAUCGUAUUGCCAUUCGGAGACUCGACUCUCGACAUCACAGUCCUUGCACAGAUGGAUAAAGAUUUUUCGAUGAGUAUACUUAAGGAUCUUGUACGGAACCUGAGACUCGCAAUGGUUUAGGUCUUCUUUCAAGUUUUAGUAACCUGAGACUGUACAUUGACACAAUCGUUUCGUGGAUUUGCUAUCGUUUUCUUCUUGAGAUUUUUUCACACGUGCCCACAUGUUUGAUGUGUUUUUUUAGCAAAGCUAUUUCCGAUAACGACCGUUGAGAAUUAAUUUAGAUGUAACAUUUUUUGUUUGUUAAUAAUGAAUUUAAAAUAUAACAGAAUUGUUUUUUUAUUAAGUGGCAGAAAUAAAUGUGGCCUUAUCCGCUGUCCAAAAAAAAAAAACAAAUGUGGCCUUAUCCUUAGCAUGGUCGUAAUGCCUUCUGACUUGUUAAAGUAUUUUGUAAUUAUUG